AGAGGAAACAGCGCUUCAGUCUCGUACAGCAUCAGUUAUGGAAGCUGCUCAUCCCGACGCGUUUGUUUAUAUUAUUCAUUCUUUACGUUUUCCGUUCAGAUUUUUUUCCCUGCACUAUGUUUGCCUUUCACGUCAUCUUAUCUCCUACUGAAGUUCAACCAAUUUAAGUGGACUGAGGCUGAUAAGGCUGCUAUGGACAUAGUUUAAACGAUUAUGAGGAGAUCUGUAAAAGCAAGGGAAUAUUAAUGGACUUCUGAGAGAGCCGUAUGUAAACAUUUCUUUCUUUAUAAGUCAAACUGCAUGACAGAAGGACAGAGGACCUGCGUCUGUUUUUUUCCCUGUUUUUCCAAAUCUCUUCUCCCCAAGGGACUUCCUAAAUCAAGUACUGUAAAUCUGCUGUAUUCGUGUAUUGAAACCUGGUAUGUUUGAAAAGGAGCUCCUCUUGUAAUUUAUUCCAUAGCUCAGUGUGAAAUUCUGCACCACUUUGUCAUUAGAGUGUAUGCAAGAGGUUCAUACUCCACUGCAAAGUUUUUCCUCCUGAAGGCUUGCCUCAGCAGCAAGUAAUUUCCUCAGCAUGGCUUUGCCUGAUAAUACCGGUGGCAUUUCAGAGGAGAUGGCCUUUCCAGAGAUUAUUGAACUCAAUGUAGGGGGCCAGGUAUAUAUAACUCGUUACUCGACUCUCACAAGUGUUCCUGACUCACUCUUAUGGGAGAUGUUCAGCCAGAAAAGCGCUAAGAAUCUGGCACGUGACACCAAGGGCCGCUUUUUUGUUGACCGUGAUGGCUUUCUUUUUCGCUAUAUCCUGGACUAUAUGAGAGACCAACAACUUGUUUUGCCUGACCAUUUCCCAGAGCGAGGGAGACUACAACGAGAGGCUGAGUACUUCAACCUUCCCGAGUUAGUCAAACUUCUGGCUCCGAAGAUCAGCAAGCAGAACUCACUGGGCGAUGAUGGAUGCCAGAGUGACCCAGAGGAGUCGUCACCCAGUGCUGACGCAGGCCGAAACUUGACGUCUUUGGGGACAGCGACCUGCAGCAGCCUAGCAGCCAGCGACGGCAAGCGCACUGGGUUCAUCACCAUCGGCUACCGAGGCUCCUACACGCUGGGCCGUGAUAGCCAAACCGACGCUAAAUUCCGGCGUGUGGCCCGGAUCAUGGUGUGCGGGAAGACGUCAUUGGCCAAAGAGGUUUUUGGAGAAACCCUGAAUGAAAGCCGUGACCCUGACCGGCCGCCGGAGCGGUACACCUGUCGCUACUAUCUGAAGUUCACUUUCCUUGAACAGGCUUUCGACAAGCUGGCUGAUGCUGGUUUUCACAUGGUGGCAUGCAACUCGACAGGCACAUGCGCUUUCACACAUGACCAAACUGAUGACAAGAUCUGGACCAGCUACACGGAAUACGUUUUCUACCGUGAGUGAGACCAGACCCGUGUUCCUGACCCUUCUCCUCCCAAACCUACUUGCCUCUCUUUGAGAUCAUGCUCCCUUAGAUACAGACACUUCUAGAUCACCAUCCCAAACCUCCAACAAGACUUACCCUUGAUGCUUCUUGUCAUGAUUGACCAUUUCCCCUCUCUUCAAACCAACUCUGUCCCCUCAACUAGAAACAGCUCUUGAUACUCCUGUUACCAUUUCUGGCCUUUGUGAAGUACUGUGUCAUGCUGUUGGGUUUUUGAUUUUAUGGUGUCUGUUGUUUUAAACUGGCAAAAGGCCAGAUGAAAGGGCUUGGAUGGAGCCUCUCUGUAUCUCCAAGUAGCCUUGGCACCAAACUAUAAAAAUAGUACUCUUCUCAACUGUCUAUCACAUAAGUGGACAUUCAUGGCUUUCUUGAAUGUUGGUUAUCUGUAAGACAUUCAGUCGUUCUAUUGUUAAGCUAAAUAUUUUGGGACCAAGCCAUUAGGAAACCAGCAGUUAGACAGAAUAGGUGAAUGAACCAUAAAGCUGAGAGACACGCACAUCAUUCAGAAUCUGCGAUGGGACUUCAUGUAAAGAAGCUACAGUUGCCACUCCGGCACAGUGAUCUGCCAUGUUUAGUUUCUGUCAAUCCAUAGCAAAGUGUGUUCAUACGAAAAGAAAUGUGUGUUAUGCUGUUGUAAUUCUAACUAGCACAAAGUGUUACACCAGAAGGGGAAUUUGCCUUCUUGCCAAAGCACAUCAAGGGCUGAACUCUGAGCAGGAGGCUGUGGAACACACAGACAAAAAAGGAUUAAGGUGUUGCCUGAAAUCUGCUCAGUAAAGCCUCAUGACAUUUAUUAAUAGUGACAUGAACAUGUUCUGUUCUUUUUUUUGUGCUGUAAAGAGAAAUGUUCAUCAAAACAUUUCAUCUCUGCUUUUUUGAUAUUUCUGUGUCUAGUUUCCAGCCACACUCUUGGUUAUGCCUUUUAAGGAUUUUUUUUUUUUAUCAUGAUUUCCCUGCUGUGUGUAUGUAACCUUACACCAUUUCCAUUUCCAUAUUUGUAAGAAACAGAUACUGCAGAUAUAUUAGCAUAUUUUCUUUUUUUUUAACAGCUAGCUUAGUUGAUUAUUUAAUGCUUAUUCUCGUAAGAAAACACACAGAUUUAUGAAGUAAAGUCAGGAAAGUUUAGGUUAAAUGAACAUUCAUGUUAGCAACACAGCAAAUUCUUAAGAGAUUAAAUGGGUGUGAAUACAAAAAACUAAAAGCAGAUGGAAAAUACAUUUUCAGGUUCACCCUCAGGAUUUGCACAGCAGUUGUUACCUCAGAUCUCUAGAAAGUAUUAAGGCACAAAUAGUAACAUGACCAUUUCGAGUAAAACCUUUUCACUUAAUGCUUUCAUUAGUCAGAUUCUUGCCACAUAUGUGCUAUUGCCUGACAAGAAAACGUUUACAUUGAGCCACUCAUAUCCUUAACUAGGAUAUCUUAUUAUCCUAUUAAGUUUCUUGUGAAGACAUUCUGUGUUGUUAGCAGCAAGUUAGCAAAAUAAAAGUGCUAAAAAGCAGCAUGAAUUAAUCAGCAAUGCCUGUAAUGUGUGGUGAAUUAAAGUACCAAGCAGUCGUGUAUUCA